GAAUAAAUUUGUUGCCUCAUUUGAGAUUUACGAUUUUUCGAUCUCAUGAGAAACUGAGGCAAAAUUCCGUUCCUACACACUCUCAUUCUGUCAGCACCAGCACAGAAAUUUCUAUAACAGGCCAGGAUACCAGACGAAAUAGGAGCUGUUUGAAAAUAGUCGACGAUAUCAACUCAUGUGAUAUAAUCACUAAUUGAUAUUUCCGCGCAAUGUGGAGACGAUGUUGAUGAGACAAUUUAAAGGAUCAGCGAAACUGUUUUUGGGUUUAUUGAUAGUGAUAUUGAUAUGUACUCUCUACAUAGAAUACAAGAGUCGCACAAAGCGGACAUCGUUUACCGUGCUAGGCAAUCAAGGAAAGGUUAAAGCACAGUACAAAUUGAUAAUUGUCGUUUUCUCUGCACCGAGUAACGUAGAACAGCGAGAAGCUGUAAGAGGAACAUGGCUUUCCGAGAAUUACGAGGAUGUCAAAUACCUAUUUGUCAUUGGAACGCAGAAUAUGGAGUUUGGUCAGCGCAACCGUCUGGCAUCUGAGAAUAAGGCUUAUCAUGAUUUACUCCUCUUGCCAAAUUUACAGGACUCGUAUCAAGCUCUAACAAAAAAACUCCUUCACUCUUUUGCUCAUAUCUGUAAAGAGUAUGAUUUCGACUACCUGCUAAAAUGUGACGAUGACUCGUUUGUCUUGGUGGAUAAGAUAUUGAAGGAGUUUGAGAAACUGCGAUAUGAAGCAUUAGAUAAGGAACUAUAUUGGGGAUUCUUUAAUGGCAAGGCUCAAGUUAAGAGAAGUGGACCGUGGAAAGAAACUGACUGGAUUUUCUGCGAUUUUUAUUUACCAUAUGCUCGGGGUGGUGGAUACGUUCUAUCACAGAACUUGGUCAAGUUCAUUGCUCAGAAUUCAAACAUUCUAAGACUCUUCAACUCUGAAGAUGUUUCUGUUGGGCUUUGGCUUGCUCCAUUGUCCAACAUCGAAAGGAAACACGAUGUCCGUUUCGACACAGAGUAUCGAUCGAGAGGUUGCUCAAACGAGCAUAUUAUUAAACACAAACAAAACGUGGAAGCUAUGAAUACUUUGUAUCAGACAUAUAAAGCGAGUGGUGCCUUGUGCGUGAAGGAAGUUAGAUAUCGAAACAGUUAUAGAUAUGACUGGGAUGCGCCACCCAGUAGGUGCUGCAUACGCGAGCUUGGAAUUCCGUGAGGGUAUUGUAAAUGUACAGUAAUACUGUAUAUAACUCUUAUUUUGAAAAUUCUGCGACUAUUCCAACUAUGCAAUCCAAAAAUCUCUGGAACGCUUAUGUGAUCAGAAUGAAAUGCCGCACAUUUAAUGUUCUCAUCUUCCUUGCGUAGUGUACCUGUCAUUGGACGAUAGAUACAAAGAAAGUUAAUUUUCAUGUAUUACAUUUAUUCGUAACUUUACAAUAUCGGUCUUAUCAUAUUGAUUGCAUCGGUUGGAUCAUGUAAUACUAGUCCGACACUAAUAUACACUCAUAAAAUAUCAAAACAAUAAUUAACUAUCUGACAUUUUAUAAUAAUAGUCAAUAGCCUAGUAUCUACGUACUAUUUAAUAGGGUGUAAUAAUUUUUAAAUGUAUGCUCCAAGUACCAAAUCACAGUGAUUCAAAAACUGGCCGAUGGGUUGGUAUGAGGGAAAAGGGCAUAAAAGUAUAAAAAGUUGUAUAAUUUUCCUAAAACAACAAUCAUUAAUAAAUUACUACCAUUGGACAGAUAAAAAAUAAAAAUAAAAAAAAUUAAAAAGAGUGGCCAAUUCUCAAGCCUUGCCGCUGUGAUAAGCUACCAGUGCUUUUCACAUCGAAGCUGAAAUUUUAUUUCAGCUUCGAAAUAUAGGUUCGAUGGUUUUUCAAUAUAACUUUGCCGAGUGUCUUCAAUCCCCCCUUUUGUUUUAUGCUUAAUCGGGAAUGCCGACAGCCAAUAAAUAUAUUUUAAAA